CACCAGCGCGAUGGGCGGAAUGCGUUAUGAAUGAGGAUCUAUUUGGGGGAAGACGCGACAAAAUUGCCAAGAUGGAGACGAAUUUUUGAAAAAGAAAAACCCCCAAUUUGCACCAGUCCAGUCACUUAUAUUAUGUAGAUUUCUGUGACAUCGCUAACAUAUGCUGCCAAGGUACCGCUGUAAAGAAAUCAGGUGCUGAAACAUCGAUUAAUGCUGAUUAGGAUGCUGAAAUUAUGUCCGCAAUGUGAAACGUCAGGCGUGAGCGAGCCAUAUAGGUGUAACGCGGCUUAAUUGCAAGGGGUCUUUCUGUGUCUUCGGUAUGUUGCUCGCGUUGUGGGUUUCUUGUGUAGCGCCGGAGCAGCCCGAGGAGGUUCCAUUCUAAACAAUAGAGCGAAAUGCAGCACUGUCUGUAGCCAAUAACACGGACGGAGAGCCACGGCUGGAAAACCGACAACUGCGACCAGGAACUCAAGACGGCAGAAUAUGGAGGUGAUCGUGCACUGAUUUUGUUACGUAGAUCACUGGAUAUACUUCGCGUUUUAUUUUGUUCCGAAACCAACCGGGAGACGAAAUGAACACAGCCGAAGCCGCCGAGGAGGGUCCGGCCGACUCGGACACGGACGCGUUUUUUAAAGCAGGGUCCUUCAGGAAUGAUGGGAUUAAGGCGUCCGACGUCCUGCCUGUGCUGAAAGAGAAAGUGGCCUUUGUGUCAGGAGGUCGCGAUAAGAGAGGAGGGCCGAUCCUGACCUUCCCUGCCAGGAGUAACCAUGACAGAAUAAAGCAGGAGGACCUCAGGAGGCUGGUGACAUACUUAUCCACUGUGCCCAGCGAGGACGUGUGCAAGCGGGGCUUCACGGUGAUCAUCGACAUGCGCGGCUCCAAGUGGGAUUUGAUCAAACCCCUGCUGAAGACGCUGCAGGAGGCCUUCCCCGCUGAGAUCUGCGUGGCCCUCAUCAUCAAACCCGACAACUUCUGGCAGAAGCAGAAGACCAACUUCGGCAGCGCAAAGUUCACCUUCGAGACCAGCAUGGUGUCGGUGGAGGGUCUGACCAAGCUGGUGGACCCGUCGCAGCUGACGGACGACUUCGACGGCUCGCUGGAGUACAACCACGAGGAGUGGAUGGAGCUGCGUGUCUCCCUGGAGGAGUUCAUCGGCAGCGCAGGGCACCUCCUCUCCCGCCUGGAGGACCUGCAGGAGAUGCUGGCCAAGAAGGAGUUCCCGGCGGACGUGGAGGGCUCACGGCGGCUCAUUGACGAGCACACACAGCUGAAGAAGAGGGUGAUGAAGGCUCCGGUGGAGGAGCUGGACCGCGAGGGGCAGAGGCUGCUGCAGUGUAUCCGGUGCGGAGACGGCUUCUCCGGCCGGAACUGCAUCUCCGGCAGCGCCGACUUCCAGAGCGUGGUGCCCAAAAUCGCCAGCCUGCUGGACAAGCUGCACUCCACCCGCCAGCACCUGCACCAGGCCUGGCACGUCCGCAAGCUGAAGCUGGACCAGUGCUUCCAGCUGCGGCUCUACGAGCAGGACGCCGAGAAGAUGUUUGAAUGGAUAAGCCACAACAAGGAGCUGUUCCUGCAGAGCCACACAGAGAUCGGGGUCAGCUAUCAGCAUGCCGUGGACCUCCAGACCCAGCACAAUCACUUCGCCAUGAACUCUAUGAAUGCCUACGUGAACAUCAACCGGAUCAUGUCGGUGGCGUCGCGGCUGUCAGAGGCGGGGCAUUAUGCCUCCCAGCAGAUCAAACAGAUCUCAGUACAGCUGGACCAGGAGUGGAAGAGCUUCGCCGCGGCGCUGGACGAGCGCAGCACCAUCCUCGCCAUGUCCGCCGCCUUCCAUCAGAAGGCCGAACAGUUCCUGUCGGGUGUGGAGGCCUGGUGUAAGAUGUGCACUGAGGGGGGGCUGCCCUCAGAAAUGCAAGACCUGGAGAUGGCCAUCCACCACCACCAGACGCUGUACGAGCAGGUGACCCAGGCCUACGCCGAGGUCAGCCAGGACGGGAAAGCCCUGCUGGACGUGCUGCAGCGGCCGCUGAGUCCCGGGAACUCCGAGUCGCUCACGGCCACGGCCAACUACUCCAAGGCGGUGCACUGCAUCCUGGACGUGGUGCACGAGGUGCUGCACCACCAGAGGAGGCUGGAGAGCAUCUGGCAGCACCGCAAGGUGCGGCUGCACCAGCGACUACAGCUGUGCGUCUUCCAGCAGGAUGUUCAGCAGGUGAUGGACUGGAUAGAGAACCAUGGCGAGGCCUUUCUGAGCAAACACACAGGUGUGGGAAAAUCUCUGCACCGGGCACGAGCACUGCAGAAACGCCAUGAUGACUUCGAGGAGGUGGCUCAGAACACCUACACCAACGCUGACAAGCUCCUGGAAGCGGCGGAGCAGCUGGCCCAGACCGGCGAGUGCGACCCGGAGGAGAUCUACAAGGCGGCUCGGCACCUGGAGGUGCGCAUCCAGGACUUUGUGCGCAGGGUGGAGCAGAGGAAACUCCUGCUGGACAUGUCCGUCUCCUUCCACACCCACACCAAAGAGCUGUGGACCUGGAUGGAGGACCUGCAGAAGGAGCUGCUGGAGGAGGUGUGUGCGGACUCUGUGGACUCGGUGCAGGAGCUCAUCACUCAGUUCCAGCAGCAGCAGACGGCCACGCUGGAGGCUACGCUCAACGUCAUCAAGGAGGGCGAGGACCUGAUCCAGCAGCUGCGGGAUUCAGCAAUGUCCAGCAACAAGAUGCCUCAUAACAGCUCCAUCGCGCACAUCGAGAGCGUGUUGCAGCAGCUGGACGAGGCCCAGGGCCAGAUGGAGGAGCUGUUCCACGAGCGCAAGAUCAGGCUGGACAUCUUCCUGCAGCUCCGCAUCUUCGAGCAGUACACCAUCGAGGUGACGGCGGAGCUGGACGCCUGGAAUGAGGACCUCCUGCGUCAGGCGAACGACUUCAACACGGAGGACCUGAGCGUGGCGGAGCAGCGGCUGCAGCGGCACACCGAGCGCAAGCUGGCCAUGAACAACAUGACCUUCGAGGUCAUCCAGCAGGGCCAGGACCUGCACCAGUACAUCAUGGAGGUGCAGGCCUCAGGCAUCGAGCUGACGGGGGAGAAGGAGGUGGACCUGGCGUUGCAGGUGCAGGAGCUGCUGGAGUUCCUGCAUGAGAAGCAGCAUGAGCUGGAGAUGAGCGCUGACCACACCCACAAACGUCUGGAACAGUGCCUGCAACUGCGCCACCUGCAGGCCGAGGUCAAGCAGGUCCUGGGCUGGAUCCGGAACGGGGAGUCGAUGCUGAACGCCAGCAUGGGGAACGCCAGCUCCCUGUCCGAGGCUGAGCAGCUGCAGCGGGAGAAUGAGCAGGUCCAGCUGGCCAUCGAGUCCCUGUUCCACGCGAACUCGCUGCAGAAGACGCACCAGAGCGCGCUGCAGGUGCAGCAGAGGGCGGAGGCCAUGCUGCAGGCCGGGCACUACGACCCCGACAGCGUCCGCGGCUGCGCCGAGAAGGUGGCACUGCACUGGCAGCAGCUCAUGCUGAAGAUGGAGGACCGGCUCAAGCUGGUCAACGCCUCUGUGGCCUUCUACAAGACAUCCGAGCAGGUGUGCAGUGUGCUGGAGAGUCUGGAGCAGGAGUACCGCAGGGACGAGGACUGGUGUGGGGGACACGACAAGCUGGGGGCCAGCGCCGAGACGGACCAUGUGCUCCCCCUCAUCAGCAAGCACCUGGAGCAGAAGGAGGCCUUCCUGAAGGCCUGCACGCUCGCCAGGCGGAACGCCGAGGUCUUCCUCAAGUACAUCCACAGGAACAACGUCAGCAUGCCUGGAGCCGCCAGCCACACUCGCGGGCCGGAGCAGCAGGUCAAAGCCAUUCUGAACGAGCUGUUGCAGAGGGAGAACCGGGUCCUGCACUUCUGGACCAUGAAGAAGCGGCGGCUCGACCAGUGCCAGCAGUACGUGGUGUUUGAGCGCAGUGCCAAACAGGCCUUAGACUGGAUCCAGGAAACGGGCGAGUACUUCCUGUCCACACACACGUCCCCUGGCGAAACGGCUGAGAGAACGCAGGAGCUGCUUCAGGAGUACGGAGAGUUCCGGGUUUCUGCCAAGCAAACCAAGGAGAAAGUGAAGCUGCUGAUCCAGCUGGCGGACAGCUUUGUGGAGAAGGGUCACGUCCAUGUCAACGAGCUGAAGAAGUGGGUCACCACCGUGGACAAGCGGUACCGAGACUUCUCCUUGCGCAUGGGGAAGUACCGGUCCAGCCUGGAGAAGCCGCUGGGCAUCAGCUCUGAGGGUAAUGAAGACCUGGAGUUGGACAUCAUCCCAGCCAGCCUGACCGACCCGGAAGUCAAACUGCGUGACCCCAACCAUGAGGCCAAUGAGGAGAAGAGGAAGUCAGCCAGGAAGAAAGAGUUUAUUAUGGCUGAGCUCCUGCAGACUGAGAAAGCGUAUGUCAGGGACUUGCACGAGUGCUUAGAGACCUACCUGUGGGAGAUGACGAGUGGCGUGGAGGAGAUCCCACCAGGAAUCGCCAGCAAGGAGCACGUCAUUUUCGGAAACAUUCAGGAGAUCUACGACUUCCAUAACAACAUUUUCCUUAAAGAGCUGGUGAACUAUGAGCAGCUGCCCGAGGAUGUGGGUCAUUGUUUCGUCACUUGGGCUGAUAAAUUCCAUAUGUAUGUCACGUACUGUAAAAACAAACCCGACUCGAGCCAGCUGAUCCUGGAGCAUGCUGGGAGCUUCUUUGACGACAUUCAGCAAAGACACGGUCUGGCCAAUUCCAUCUCUUCCUACCUGAUCAAGCCAGUACAGAGGAUCACAAAGUACCAGCUUCUGCUCAAGGAGCUCCUGACGUGCUGUGAGGAGGGGAAAGGAGAGAUCAAGGACGGCCUGGAGGUCAUGCUGAGCGUCCCCAAGAGAGCCAACGACGCCAUGCAUGUCAGCAUGCUGGAAGGUUUCGAUGAGAAUCUUGAGGUUCAGGGAGAGCUGAUCCUGCAGGACACCUUCCAGGUGUGGGACCCCAAAUCUCUGAUCCGCAAGGGCCGGGAUCGCCACCUCUUCCUCUUCGAGAUCUCGCUGGUCUUCAGCAAAGAGAUCAAAGACUCGGCAGGACGCACCAAAUAUGUCUACAAGAGCAGGCUGCUGACAUCAGAGCUGGGGGUGACAGAGCACAUUGAAGGGGACCCCUGUAAGUUUGCUCUCUGGGCUGGAAGGACCCCCUCGUCGGACAACAAGACUGUUCUGAAGGCGUCGAGCAUUGAGGUGAAACAGGAGUGGAUCAAGAACAUCCGGGAGGUGAUUCAGGAGAGGAUCAUCCACCUGAAGGGGGCGCUAAAGGAACCCAUCCAGAUGCCCAAAACUCCAGCCAAACAGCGCAACAACAGUAAGAGGGAGGGAACGGAAGACGCAGACAGUCAGGGAGACGGCAGCAGCCAGCCCGACACCAUCUCCAUUGCUUCCAGAACCUCCCAGAACACGGUGGAUAGCGACAAGCUCUCCGGAGGCUGUGAGCUCACAGUGGUGCUCCAGGACUUCAGCGCCAGCUGCAGCAGUGAGCUGAGCAUCCAGACGGGCCAGACGGUGGAGCUGCUGGAGCGGCCGAGCGACCGGCCUGGCUGGUGCCUGGUGCGGACCACCGACCGCAGCCCCCCGCAGGAGGGCCUGGUGCCCAGCAGCACCCUGUGCGUGUCUCACUCCCGCAGCAGUGUGGAGAUGGACUGCUUCUUCCCUGCGGGGAAAGAGAAUUACUCGGUCAGCGGCCCGGAGACGAAGACAGAGUCUGUGGCAAACCUGCAGCCUCAGGCCUCCGUGAGCUCCAUCCAGACGAGCUCGCCGGGACCCAAACGCUCGGGCAACACGCUGAAGAAAUGGCUGACGAGCCCGGUGCGCCGGCUCAGCCACGGCAAGGCCGACAGCAGCGUCAAGAAGAUCCCCAGCAAGCCCAAAAAGCGGGACGGCCGCAAGAGCAUUGACCUCGGCCCGCCCAAGUUCGGCGAGAACGAGGCCGCACCACAGGACGAGAGUGCCGACGAGGUAACGGGGGAAAAGGAGGGCACCCUGUCCAAGUCGUCCUCCGGAAUGCAGAGCGGAGGAGAGGAGGAGCCUGAAGACGAGUCACACCUGCCCCUCCCGCCCCCCAUGGAGAUUAUCAAGGACCCCUCGUCCCAGGAGGAGAAGUCUUCCUCUUUGCUAACCGCGCGGCAGGGCUCGGCUGACGUCCCCAGCGCUGCGGAGCUGGUCACUGCCAUAGAGAAACUGGCCCAAACUAAGAUGACCCUGGAGCCGCGAUCGUACCCUGGUUUCAGUGCAGCGAAUCCCCCGGACCAGGCAUCGGCCCAGCCCAGAGACCCCGAGACCGAGCAGAAGAACAAGGCUCUUCGGGGGCGCAUGUUCGUUCUCAAUGAGUUGAUCCAGACAGAGAAGGACUAUGUUAAGGACUUGGGCAUUGUGGUGGAGGGGUUUAUGAAGAGAAUAGAGGAGAAAGGAGUUCCCGAAGACAUGAAAGGAAAAGACAAGAUUGUUUUUGGGAACAUCCAUCAAAUUUACGACUGGCACAGAGAGUUUUUCCUCGGUGAACUGGAGAAAUGUCUGGAAGAUCAUGACAGACUUGCACAGCUUUUCAUAAAACAUGAGAGACGAUUGCACAUGUAUGUGGUUUACUGUCAGAACAAACCCAGGUCUGAGUAUGUUGUGGCUGAAUAUGACGCUUACUUUGAGGAAGUGCAGCAGGAAAUAAACUCAAGGAUGACCAUUAGCGACUAUCUGAUCAAACCCAUCCAGAGAAUAACCAAGUACCAGCUGCUCCUCAAGGACUUCCUGAAGUACAGCUCAAAGGCUGGUAUGGACUGCCAGGACAUUGAGAAAGCGGUUGAUUUGAUGUUCCUGGUGCCAAAGAGAUGCAAUGACAUGAUGAAUCUGGGCCGCCUGCAAGGCUACGAGGGAAAGCUGACCAGCCAGGGCAAGCUGCUGCAGCAGGACACCUUCUUUGUCACCGAGCAGGACUCAUCUGUCCUGUCACGCAGCAAGGAGCGCAGGGUCUUCCUCUUCGAGCAGAUCGUCAUCUUCAGCGAGCUGCUUCGCAAGGGCUCGUCCACACCUGGGUACCAGUUCAAAAAGAGCAUCAAGGUGAGCUACCUGAGCAUGGACCCCAAUGUGGACAACGACCCCUGUAAGUUCGUGCUGUACUGCCGCGGCUCGUCUGAGCGCUUCACCCUGCAGGCUGCCAACCAGGAAAUCAAGCAGGUGUGGGUGCGAGACAUCCAUGAGGUGCUGGAGGCCCAGAGCAACUUCCUCUCAGCUCUGCAGUCUCCGAUCGAGUACCAGAAGAAGGAGACAUCUCUGACCCGAAACCCGUCCGGCAGCGGCCGCCCCCCCCAGUCCAACAGCCGGCCCCAUUCCUCCAGCUCCGGAGGGGCGGAAAAGCCCCCCCACUCAGGCCGCGCCUCCACGCCCCUCAAGCUAACUACCUCCAACGGCAGCCCCUGCUACGACCCCCAGAAACACGGCGAGCGAUACCAGGCUGCCGGGCACGACGAGGCUGGCUGCAACGGCAUGUCGUCGGCGGUGAUGGUGACGCAGGACUACAGCGCGCUGAAGGAAAACGAGGUGUGCGUGAGCCAGGGGGAGGUGGUGCAGGUCCUGGCCACCAAUCAGCAGAGCAUGUGCCUGGUGUACCGUCCCGCCAGCAGCCGCUCCCCCGCGGCCGAGGGCUGGGUGCCAGGGCACGUGCUGGCCCCCCUCUCCAAACCGCUCGCCGACGCCGCCGAGGCCAACGUCAAGUAAGCGUCCCGCGGCCCCCGGCCCCGCCCCCCACAGCUCUGAUUGGAUCGAGAGAGACGCUGCACGCCGCCCCCUGCUGGCUCAACCCCUCCAUGGGAGAAACCGAGUGGGUCCG